AUGAGCAGUAUGCCCGAUCUUGCGUCCGACUUGGAGGACCUGCGGCAGCAUCUGCAUCUCGAGCAAUAUCCGGUUUUACUGGGCCACUCCAACGGCGGGGCAAUUGCGCUCGGGUACGCGGAGAUGUAUCCCAGUCGUGUCGGCAAGCUCGUUCUCCUCGAUCACCAGCUAGUAGGAUUUCAGGAUAAGAGAUUGUUGCAGCUCGAAGCGACGCGCAUAGAUCCUCGAUACCAGGAUGCUUGGGACAGUGUGCCGGAUCGGCAUACCGAAUCCGACGAGGAAUUUACAGCGUCGGUGAGAGGCAUGUGGCCUUUGUGCUUCUUUGAUCCGAAGUAG